UGUCUCAUGUGUGUCCUUUCUGUCUCUCCGUGGCGUCAGGCUGGUACUGGGGCAGUCUGACCGCCAACGAAGCCAAAGAGAUCCUCCAGGACGCCUCAGAGGGGACAUUCCUGGUGCGGGACAGCUCCCAGAGGGACUACCUGUUCACCAUCUCCGCCAUGACGUCGGCGGGUCCCACCAACCUGCGGAUCGAGUACAAACACGGCAAAUUCAAGCUGGACUCGGUGGUUCUGGUGAAGCCGAAGCUGAAGCAGUUCGACAGCGUGGUCCACCUGGUGGAGCACUACGUCCAGCUGAGCAGGACCAGCGACAAGGCGGCGUCGAACUCUCAGCCCUCUGCAGCGCCGCCCAACGGCACGGUGCAGCUGCUGCUCACUAAACCGGUGUACACCGCCACGCCGGCGCUGCAGCACCUCUGCCGCAUCGCCAUCAACAGGACGACGCGGCGGGUCCAGGAUCUGCCGUUACCCAACAGACUGAAGGACUACCUGACGGACUACACCUACAACGUGUAGACGCCCAGCAGGACUGGAGUUAAACCAGUGCAGUGCAUCGGCUGCGCCCGUCUGACCACUGACCAAUCCCAUCAUGCACUGCUCCUACAAGAACCCAGCGAGCCAAAGGGACACGCAAUAACCAGUGAGUCUGAGUAAAGUCCCUGAAGUACUCCUGAUCGUACUACGCUGCAGUAAGUACCUGUCUGACCCGUCACAGCGCUCUAACUGACCUCAGCGUGACCUUAAAAAAACGACUUUUUAGCUCGAACACAUCGCCGUCACGAACUUCAGUUUACAGAGUCAGAUAGAAACUACAGAUGGUCGGCAGAGACGCUGGAGAUCCAGGUUACACGAUCUGAACGCAGUCAAACUAAAGCUGCAACCAAACAUUACUUCAUUAUUGAUUCAUCGUUUUGUCCGUUAAAUGUCGAAGAAUUCCUGCACGCACGUAUUCAGUGGCGUCACGAGGCUUCAGCCCCCGAAUGUUUCAUAAAUCAGCCCGGAGAAAAAGGGAGACUUUUAACACGCACUUCAUCCAUAAAAA